AAAUCGAGUCUUUUAGACUCGAUUUCCACGUGUAUUCCAGACUGAAAUCGAGUCUUAGAGACUCGGUUUCCAAUUGGGGAUUUUCAAAUUUAACGUCUUCGUCUAUUGCAUUUGUCUCACUUUCACUCACACUCACGCUCACACCCUCUCACUCUCACACAAACCAGAGCGCUCUCACUCUCUCACCCUCAGUCUUACAUUUUCAUUUCCCACACUCACAAAACUCUCUCAUUUUCUCUCUAUCUCUCACACGGCCUCUGACAUUCACACACGCUCACACACACACAGAACCCCGCCGGCGUCGACGAGCAGAGCCCAGCCCAGCCCAGCGACGACGCCGACGAGGCUGAGCCCAGCCAUCGGCUCCUCUCCUCGUCGAUCUCUCUCUCCCUCACUAGGAGAUCCUUUCUCCUUUUCUCCCUCUCUCUCAUUACCACCCCCAUACCCAUUCCGAUUUUGGUUGAUGACAUUCUUGCUUGGAUAGUGCAUAUUGUUGCUGCCAUCCUUAAGACUUUCCAAAUUUCUGGCUUCAGUAUGGAUGCUGCAAAUGCUGGACGGAUUGACCAUACACGGCCUGGCCCUAUUGACGAUUCGGUGUUAACGUUGCAGUCCACCCAUCGAUCAGAAGCUAUUUGGAAUGGGCAGGAUCCAGGGGCCCUUACUUGCCGUGGCCGUACUGAAGAGUUCUCCAACCGAGAACCAAUGGUAGAUGAUCGAGUUGUUGAUAUUAUUAAGGCAUUGGGCUUGGAGGGACUGCUGAGGCAGCCGGGUAGAGAGCUUGACCACGACCUAAUUACAGCCUUAGUGGAGCGAUGGCGGCCCGAGACUCACACCUUCCACAUGCCACAUGGUGAGAUGACCAUUACAUUGCAGGAUGUGGAGGUGAUUCUCGGGCUUCCUAUCGAUGGUGACGCUGUAACAGGGAGCACACAGAAAACUUGGACGGCUGUGUGCGAGGAGUUCCUUGGCUUUCAACCUAUAACUCAAGACCAGCAUAAGGAACUUCAUGGCCAAAGGAUUCUCAUCAAACGGCUUUUGGAGCAAGUUGCUAAUCCAUUGCCGCCUAAUGCCGAAGAGGAUGAGCUGCAUAAGUACGCACGAUGCUAUAUCCUAGCGCUACUAGGGGACACAAUAUUCAUGGACAAAUCUGGCGAUAGGGUGCAUCUAAUGUGGGUGCAGCAGUUGGAAGACCUUCGCAACCCACGAAGGUACAGUUGGGGGAGUGCUUGCCUUGCAUGGUUGUACCGAGAGCUAUGCAGGGCAAGCCAUAAGGAAACCAGUCAAAUCGGUGGAUGCUUACUGUUGCUGCAGUAUUGGGUAUGGGCCAGGUUCCCUUAUUUGUGCCCGGCAAUUGAGCGUGGCCCACCAGUAGGCGCUUAUGGUCCUCCAGCGCGUGGUCCUCUAUACCUGAAGUGGGCGUGGGUCCCAAACAAGAAAAACAGGCCUGCCCACAUCUUCAGGGAUAGGUAUCGCCAGCAAAUAGCUUCAAUGCUGCCAAGCCAGGUGGUGUGGCAGCCAUAUGAAGCUGAUUUUGAGCACCUUCCGCCAUGGUGCGUUGCAGGGAGGGCUGUGUGGACGGCAACGGUGCCGCUUGUAUGUUUCCACCUAGUAGAGAUACAUACACCGGAUCGUGUCGUUCGUCAAUUUGGGAUGAUCCAAGAAAUUCCCGAAGAUGUUAACACUGACCCCGUGCUUCAUGCCAUUGAUUUGAGGGGGAAGGUGGGCGUUGAUUGGAUGCGGAAACAUGCUCUGCAUUUACUAAAUUGGGGUAACCGCCUUCAACGGUGUUGUCAAGGAGUGCUUGGUGAUAUGCCUCCACAGCAUGAGUACUUCGGAUGGUUCAAAAGGGUGACUCGGAGGUUCAUUGAUGUUCCUGGUGCUACAUUGACUAUACUGAUUGAAGGAUACCUCCGUUUGUUGAGCCGUCACCCGGUGGGCACGGAGGACUACCAGGAUAUUAUAGAUGUGCUGACUGCAGUACAGGCGAUUGGCCGUGUACAACCUCGGGACCCUGAGGUCCUGAAUGAGGAGGCAGCUACUCCUGCCGCAGCAGCUACUCAGAGGCCAAGCAUUACUGAGAGCCCAAGCACGAGCAUAGCUCCCACUAGACGUUUGCGUGUUCGUACCCCUCGAGUUGUCCCUACCUCUGAGCCCCCUCCACCCACCCCACAUCCAUCCCUUAGCCCUACAAUCCCUUCACCCACCCUACAUCCAUCUCGUAGUCCCACCAUCCCCCCAUUGACUCCACAUCCUUCUGUUGGGCCUGACAUUCCUCCACCCACCCCACGGUCAUUUCCCGAUGUGUCACCCAUUCCAUCCUUUGACUUGGGUAUUCAUCUAACCCCACCUGACAUACAGCAGGAGCCACCCUCUGGCAGUAUGUCUACUGGCCCUUCAUCAGCCAUCACCCCACCCCAUGUUCAUGUUGAGGAAGCUAGUGGGUUACCUGUUCAACAAGAAGGUCGGCCGAAACGCAUAUCAAAGGCACCUCCUUGUGGGACAGGAGGGCAUAAACAUGGACACAAUGCUGGGCCCGAGGCAUCUGACGAAGGACAUGCAAGACCUCCUCCUUAUUAUACGAGACGGCAGAAGGUCCAAAAAAGGUAA